AUGUUUCCUUCAUCCGGUUUCUCUUUCACACCAUCGGGGCUGUUCUCAGCGUACGCAUCCCUAACAGGCUUCUCCAUGCUCGUUAGGUCAAUACUCCAAGAUUUCGUGCCGGAGAAACUACGGUUGUACUUGUACGGCUUAUUCGAGCGGUUUAUCACUCCGGAGUCGAAGGAUCUCACGGUGGUCAUCGACGAUAAAUUCGGAGUGAACAGGAACCAAGUGUACGACGCGGCUGAGACGUACCUCCGCAACAAGAUCGGACCCGAAACGAAGCGUAUACGCGUGGGGAAAACCCCAAAGGAGAAGCAUUUCACCGUCUCAGUCGAGAAAGGAGAGGAGAUCAUCGACUCAUACGAAAACUUUGAGGUGAAAUGGAUCUACGUUCAGACGGAGAACGAGAGAGGUAACAAAGAGAAACGUUACUACGAGCUAACGUUCGACAAGAAGCUGAAGGACAAAGUCAUGGGCUCUUAUUUGAGCCACGUCGUUGCUGCAUCGGAAGAAAUCAAGAGGAGCCUUAGAGUGGUCAAGCUAUAUAGUCAAGAUGUGUACGGGAGCGACGACGAAGAUGGAUGUGCUGGUGGGAACUGGGGAUGUGUCAGGCUUGAACAUCCUUCGACGUUCGAUACCUUGGCGAUGAAUCCAGAUGCCAAGAAGAUCAUCAUCGAUGAUUUAGAGAGGUUUCUUAUGAGGAGAGAGUUUUAUAAGAGAGUUGGUAAAGCUUGGAAACGAGGUUACUUGUUGUAUGGGCCUCCAGGGACUGGUAAAUCUAGCUUGAUCGCUGCUAUGGCUAAUUACCUCAAAUUUGAUAUCUUCGAUAUUGAGCUUAGUAGUAUUGCUGACAAUGGUGACUUGAAGAGGGUUUUGUUGUCCACCACGAGUCGUUCCAUUUUGGUGAUUGAGGAUAUUGAUUGUAGUACUACUGAGGUGAAAGACAGGGAAGUUGAGGAUCAAGAAGACAUAAGAACUAACUCAAAGGUGACAUUGUCAGGGAUUUUGAAUUUCAUUGAUGGGUUAUGGUCAAGUUAUGGAGAUGAGAGGAUCUUCGUGUUCACGACAAACCACAAAGAACGGCUUGAUCCUGCAUUGCUACGUCCUGGAAGAAUGGAUAUGCAUAUCCAUAUGUCUUUCUGUACAGGCAUAGCAUUUAGGACAUUGGUCUCCAACUACCUUGGUCUUGAUGGCUUGAACCAUCCUCUCUGUGAGGAUAUCGAGAGGUUGAUUGAUUCUACAGAGGUUACUCCGGCUGAGUUAGCUGAAGAGCUGAUGCAUGACGAAGAUACUGAGGUUGUUCUUCGUGGAUUAGUUAGCUUUUUGGAGAAGAGGAGGUCGAGAGAAACAUUGCAAAGGAGGAAGUUGGCGAUGACGAAAAACAUAGUGGUUCUAUGA